UAUAUUAUGGAAUGUUUUCAUGCUCCUUUUUAAAAUAGUUUCACACUGCAGACUCUAACUCAACUCUUUAAUUUACCUUCUGAGAACUCUCCUCACUGCUGCUGGCUGGACAGUAAUGUCUGGUAAAUAUCAAAUUCUAAAAGUAUCAGUUAUUAAUACAUUUUAAUACAUGAAGUCUCAUAUGAAAAGUCUCAAAGAAGGAUCUUAAAUCUAGAAGGUGUGGGUAGAUAUCUCUGUGACAGUUCUCGUAGACUCCUCAGGGUGUUGCGUGGGAAAUCUUUCAGGGGAGCUGGUGUGAAGCUGGCGUUCCCCACCCUAUUCAUCAGGAUAGCCCAGAGAGAAGUCAUGCAGGGCUGGACAGGGCAGUAAACACUCGCUCAUGGCUCCACGAUACGCUCCAAGCCUUCGGUCACGCAUGCCGCCUCUGGCCAUCGUCCUGCAGGUCAGCUUUAUAGUACUGUUUGCCUUUUUUGUGGAAACUGGAGAUCCUGAGGAGGGUGAUGAGAAGUUCAUUAACUCAUAUGCAAACUUUCAGGACGUUCAUGUGAUGGUGUUUCUUGGUUUCGGGUUCUUGGCUUCGUUCCUGGUGCGCUAUGGCUUCAGCAGCGUGGGCUUCAGUAUGCUUGUGGCCGCCAUGGCAGUUCAGUGGGCCACCCUGCUCAACGGCUUCCUGCUGACCUCCUCUCCCAGCUGGAAGAUCCGGAUUAAGAUGAAAAGCUUGGUGGACGCUGAGAUCUGUGCGUCCUCAGCGCUCUUGGCCAUGGGGGCCGUCCACGGAAAGACCAACCCAGUCCAGCUCCUGCUGAUGUCUCUGAUGGAGGUCACAGGGUUCGUGAUAAACCAGUGGCUCAUACACUCUCUGUUCAAGACAAUGUCCAGCAUCAUGUCUCUGCACGUCUUUGGAACUCUCUUCGGUGUGAUGACAUCGUGGGUGCUUUACCGUACAGAGAACAUGCCGAAGCACGAGAAAGAGAAGUUUGACAGUAAAUCUGGAUUAUUUGCCAUGUUCGGGACUUUGUUCCUGUGGAUGUUCUGGCCUAGUUUUAACUCUGCGCUGGUAAAGUACAAAAUCAUAGCAUAUGGCACAUAUCUGUCCUUGGCAGUCAGCACUGUGACAGCGAUGGCUGUCUCCGCACUGUCCAGCCCCACAGGGAAAAUGAACUUGGUACAUAUUCAGGGCUCUAUCCUGGCUGGUGGUGUGGCUACUGGGAUUGCAGUGACGGCUGUCCCUUGGAUGGACAUGACCAUUGGCUUUUGUGCUGCUCUUCUGGCAACGCUGGGAUUCCGAUAUUUAAAGGGUCAUAUGCUGCAUGCUUUUGAGAUCCAUGACACCCGCGGGGUCCUGAAUGUGCACGCCAUUCCGGGGAUUCUGGGAUAUCUUGCGUAUCUCCUAAUACGACUGGUCAGACUUGAGGACACCACAGUUGCUGUCCGGUUUGCAGUUAAUCACAUCUGUAUUCUGCUCAUCACCGUCAGUAUGAGCCUGGUUUUGGGGAUCUUCACAGGUUUUCUCAUCAAAUGGAGCUUCUGGAAGCCUCAUCAGGACAGGAAGUGCUUUGAUGAUCAGGCAUUUUGGGAGUUUCCACAUUUAGCCGUGCGCAAAUGAACGACGACUAAAGGAACACAGAGGAGAAUUGGAGGAAUUCCAUUACAGCUUAUGUUUGAGUUUUCUUUGUAUGGAGUGUAUAGUGUGAAAUGUGUGUACUCACUUUUGUGAGAUACUGUAGGAGCACUUUGUAGUUCUAUAAUUAUAGACUGUAGUCCUGUGUCUGUUUCUCUGUAUACAUAUUAUAUUGUUGUAUACUUAUUAUACUGUUUCCCUUAUCCCUGUUCUUCAUUUGCCAGGACCCCACAGGAAAGAAAAAAAACACCACAGAGCAGCUAUUAUUAUUAUUAAUAUUAUUAUUUGGGUGUUAAUGUGUGUUGCACUGGUAUAAGUGGAUCAGAUACAGCAGUGCUGCUGGAGUUUUUAAACACCUCUUAAUGCCACUGUAGGAUUGAGAAUAGUCCACCAACCAGAAACAGAUUAAGGACUACAGUCUGUAAUUAUGGAACUACAAAGUGUCCUAUAUGAUCAGUGGUGCUGAUGAACAGAGUGUUCAUUUUAUGGCAGUGGUAUAAGUGUGUCUUUAGUCAAUUUUAUUCUUAAUUAUUUAAAAGGACAAAGAAACCUUUGUUGCCAUAUAUUUAUGUGAAAUAUGUAAAUGGCUGUUGACAUCUAGUAUGUUAGCAUUACAGAUUUAGCAAUAAACUAAACUAAGGAAGUAAAUCCACU